AUGGGAUUUUGUGCAUCCGAGUCUGCGGACGUGGGGGGCUCGGCAGUAGUGCAAGAUUCCGAAGUCUCUAUACCCUGGUCUGUUGUCGUUGUUGUCCUUUUAUUCACUGGUUUCCUUAGUGAAACUAAAAAGUGGGAAAGCGGGUAUCCUUCAUUGUCAAGGCGAUGUUGGGGAACCUCGUCUGUCCAGCUGUUGCUGUUGAAGUUUGUCCUCUGCAUCACAAGCGAAGUGGUUCCGCACACCAUGUCCUGGCUGAAUCGGACCAAGGACGUGAUAGAAAGGAUAGAAAGGCAAGGCAAGAUUUCGAUAUCUCGGCAUACUCAUAGCCAACCCCUGACUCUUUCGCUCCAUCAUCAGCCACAGACAAUGAAUGACACCUGGGCGCUGUAUGUGGUGGCAGGCGCAGAGUCCGUCUUCUGGCUUGCAGAUCCACUUGGUGUGCACGCGGCUAUGAAUAAGGGCACGCCGAUGCCCUGGGGCGGACGGAUCGCUGCUGCGACCAUCAACGGCGGCAGCCAUGCCCUCGUAGCGCACGCCCUGGUGAAGGCCAAGACGGGAAACACGGCUUGGGCCAACUUGGCCGCGGGUAUGGCACCCUUUCUGGCGGCAGUGAACUGGGGCCAGUGGGUGUUCUGGUGGUGGCCCUACUUCUUGGGCAAGGCUGCAGGCACCUGUGAGAUGGUUGAAGAGCACAUCGAGGAGUUGAAGGAGUUGCCGCGCAUCCUGCCGGGUGAUAAAACGAAGCACCUCGUGCCCGACAUCGAGCACAUGCUCCUGCAGCCUUUGACGCUCAUGGCGCUGUAUCAGGCGGUACAGCUGGCACCGCAUGUGCGGCCGACAAGCACUGGCAAGAUCGCCUUCUGUGGCGUCGGCGCGCUCUCGUUGCUUCUGCCGGUGACGAUGCUGGCAAAGAGCAAGACCCCUUGGGAGGAGCGCAGCUCGCAGCUCGUGCUGCUGCAAAUCUUGGGCACCCUGGCAUACUUCUUCAAGUCCUUCGACAAAGCUUGA